ACUCCUCACUCCAUUAAUGGCCGCCACCAAGAACCCCCCAACCCAAACUUGACCACCUCCCCCGUCCGUCCGUGCCCCCUCUGCGUGUUCUUGCGCUCACAGAAGAGGCGUAUCCAUCCUGGUUCGGUGCUGACUGAGGCUAUUGUUACUCCGAGAUGCUGAGCUCGUCGGCGGCGAUGGGGAUGGGAGGGUACCACCAGCACCAGCCGCAGCGGCCGGUGUUCACGGCGGCGCAGUGGGCGGAGCUGGAGCAGCAGGCGCUGAUUUACAAGUACCUCAUGGCCGGCGUGCCCGUGCCGUCCGAGCUCCUGCUCCCCAUCCGCCCCCACUCCGCCGCCGCCAGCUUCAACUUCGCCAACCCCGCCGCCUCGCCCUUCUACCACCACCACCACCACCCCUCCAUGAGUUACUACGCCUACUACGGCAAGAAGCUUGAUCCGGAGCCGUGGCGGUGCCGCCGCACCGACGGCAAGAAGUGGCGCUGCUCCAAGGAGGCGCACCCCGACUCCAAGUACUGCGAGCGCCACAUGCACCGUGGCCGCAACCGUUCAAGAAAGCCUGUGGAAUCCAAGUCUGCUUCCCCUGCGCACCCGUCGCAGGCCCAGCUCUCUGCUGUGACAUCUGCAACCCGCGACACUGACCCUCUCCAGUCUCUAGGAAUGGGAGCCAAAACCAAUGGCCUGUCUCUCGGCGGCGCUGGUUCCUCACAGAUGCAUGUCGAUCCAUCGUCAUAUGGCAGCAAAUACUCCCUUGGAGCUAAAUCUGAUGCGGGUGAACUGAGCUUCUUCUCUGGAGCAUCAACAAACACCAGGGCCUUCACCAUUGAUUCUCCAACCGAUAGCUCAUGGCACUCAAUGCCAUCUAGCGUGCCGCCAUACCAACUAUCAAAAGCUAGAGAUACUGGCCUCCUGCCAGGUGGCUUCUCAUAUUCCCACUUUGAACCGUCACAGGAGCUUGGGCAGGUAACCAUCGCCUCGCUGUCCCAAGAGCAGGGGCGCCGCUCUUUCAAUGGUGGAGGUGGAGGGCUCAUGGGAAAUGUUAAGCAGGAGAACCAGCCGCUGAGGCCCUUCUUCGACGAGUGGCCAGGGAGGCGUGACUCAUGGUCGGAGAUGGACGAGGAGCGCUCCAACGGGACCUCCUUCUCGACGACCCAGCUCUCCAUCUCCACCCCAAUGCCUAGAUGCGAUUGACAGGUCUGCCACGUCGGUACGUGCGACAGCAAAGGGCGUCGGCUUGAUGGUGUUGUCCACAGAGGCAGGAUUGGUGGACCUCCUGGUUCGUUCUGCCAUUGCAUUUGUGCUAUGAACUCGCUUAAGAGCAAUAUCCUCGUGUUGUUGUUAGUGGAGACAGGAACCUGUAGCAGUUUUUAAUAUUCAGCUCUGCUUUGUACUCUCUCGGACCAAGCUGCGUGUGUGUGUGUGUUGUGGUGGAUCAUCUUGUGGAAACGGAGAAUGUAUUAUGUACCUUGCCUA